CUGUCCGCGGUGGUUGGUCACGGUACUGCAGCCUGAAGGCGGAAGUCUGUUCCACCUGUUAACGAACAUCACGUCAUGUCUUCCUUUUGAACUAUUAUGACUAUUAUAACUAAUUACACUAGCAUAUCUAAAUGUAGAUAGUCGGUCAUAAGAGGAUCAUGGAUAAAUUAAAGAAAGUUUUGAGCGGUCAAGAUGGAAACAAUGAUAAGGUGGACAUACUGGAGGUAGCGUCCCAGGCCAGCACGCUGAGUUGGGGAACUCGGGUGAAGGCCUUUGCAGCCUCCUUCCUUCUGGGAGUGGUUUGCUCCAUUCUGGGGAGCUGUCUGCUGUGGGUUCCGGGCGUGGGCCUCGCUCUGUUUGCUGUGUUCUACACGCUGGGAAACGUCUGCUCUCUGGCCAGCACCAUGUUCCUGACCGGACCUCUUGCCCAGCUGAAGAGAAUGUGUGCUAAAGAGAGAGCGCUGGCAACCGUCGUCAUGGUGACAUGCCUGGUGUUAACGCUGUGUUCCGCCUUCUGGUGGAAGAACAACGGACUGGCUGUUCUGUUCUGCAUUCUACAGUUCCUGGCCUUCGCCUGGUACGGCCUGUCAUACAUCCCCUUUGCCAGGGAUGCGGUCCUGAAAGUGUUCACCUUCUGUCUGUAACAGUCUGUCAGAAACACUAUUUAACCAUCCAAUCAGAUCCGACUACUCUGUGCCUUAUUAUUAUGAUGCUUCAUUAAUAUGAUGCCGUAUUAAUAUGAUGCCUUAUUAAUAUGAUGCUUUAUUAUUAUGAUGCUUUAUUAAUAUGAUGCUUUAUUAAUAUGAUGCCUUAUUAAUAUGAUGCUUUAUUAAUAUGAUGCUUUAGUAAUAUGAGGCUUUAUUAUUAUGAUGCCUUAUUAUUAUGAUACCUUAUUCCCAAAUGCAUAUGUUUUACGUGUUUUAAUUCUGGAUUUCGAAGUCAGAGCCGUAAUGAUAUUAAAGGAAGUAGACCAAAGCAAAUUAAGUCAGCGUCAACACACUCACACACAUAUAUAUAUUCAUAUAUAUAUAUAUAUAUAUAUAUAUAUAUAUACAUAUUUAUGUUAGGGAUGCAAUGAAAUGAAAAUUGUUGGCCGAAACCGAAACCGAAUAUACUGAAACAGUUGGCCGAAAGCCGAAACCGAAUACCGAAUGUCGCUUUUGCUGUUUAUCAUUCAUUUAAUUUAAUUUUUCACCAUUGCAUAAAUCAAACAAUUACAUGUCCUUUAUAAACUUUUUUGUCUUGCUUUUCAAUAAAAAAAAUCAAUUAAAAUCAAAUAUUUAUUUAAUACUGAACGUUUUCUAACAUUCGAGCAGACCUUACAGCAAGAAUUUCAGAACAAUGUACCUUUAAAUAAAUUUGUAAAACUAUUUUAUUUUAUU